AUGUUCAUGCUAUUUACUGCACACCAACCCGCCCCCGCCGCCGCCGCCGCCGCCCCCACUGCCGAGGACUACGCUUCCGCUAGGAAGCUAGUUAGCGACGGCAUUUGGGGUAUUGUCAGUAGCUUGGACUAUCUAAACGGGAACUCUCCCUUCGGCAAUGUACUUUCGUACAGUGACGGAGGGAAAGGAGUCCCGUUUUUUUACUUGACGACACUCGACGAGGCGACUGCCAACUUUACGGCAGCGGACUCGAGGGCGUCACUGGCAGUCAGCCAGUACGCGGUGGAUGGGUGCCCAGGACUGGACCCCCAGGAGCCACUCUGCUCCAAGGUUACCCUGUCGGGUAACCUUGUCAAACUCGACCCCCAGUCCAGGGAGGCCGAGUUUGCCCGAGCGGCACUACUCAAUCGCCACCCCCGUUUCUCAAAUCUUCCUCCAGCAGGGAAUUUCCAGCUUUACAAACUGAAGAUCAAAGGAAUUUUUUUAAUAAAUUCUUACAAAGAUAGCCCAAAGAAGCUCAGCGUGAGGGACUAUCUCAAAGUAGCAUAA